AUGCCGGCCGCCUUAGUGCCGCCGGGCGCCAUGCAGCAGGCCCUGCUGGCGUGGGGCCCCGCGGAUGGCUGGACCCCUGGGCAGGCAGGCACGCCCCAGACCGCACCUCACAGACUAGGUGGCGUCAUCUACUUAAAGGCCCCGGCCGAGGCUAACCACCCAAAAGGCGAUGACAAUGGCUCAGAGAAGGACAGUGACGUGCCUGGAGACACACAGCACCCUUUCUCUCAUACUCAGUCCCUCAUGAUUCCAUUGAUCCAUCAGGCGGCCGCCCUGUGGACAGCACACAGGGGACCUCGGACGGACACCGCAAUGAAAGCCGACCCGGGUGCCGCCGGCCUCGGGCCCCGCACAGAGCCAGACGAUGAAGACUACUAUCCCCAGGGUGUCUGGGACACGGUCUUCCUGGUGGCCCUGCUGCUCCUGGGGCUGCCAGCCAACGGGCUCAUGGCGUGGCUGGCUGGCUCGCAGGCCCGGCAGGGAGCGGGCAGGCGGCUUGCCCUGCUCCUGCUCAGCCUGGCCCUCUCGGAUUUUCUAUUCCUGGCGGCGGCAGCCUUCCAGAUCCUGGAGAUCCAGCGGGGAGGACACUGGCCGCUGGGGACGGCGGCCUGCCGCUUCUACUACUUCCUGUGGGGUGUGUCCUACUCCUCCGGCCUCUUCCUGCUGGCGGCGCUCAGUGUGGACCGCUGCCUGCUGGCGCUGUGCCCACGCUGGUACCCGGGGCACCGCCCGGCCCGCCUGCCCCUCUGGGUCUGCGCCGGCGUCUGGGUGCUGGCCACGCUCUUCAGUGUGCCCUGGCUGGUCUUCCCGGAGGCCGCCGACUGGUGGUACGACCUAGUCAUCUGCCUAGAUUUUUGGGACAGCGAGGAGCUGCCCCUGCGGAUGCUCGAGAUCCUGGGGGGCUUCCUGCCUUUCCUCCUGCUGCUCGUCUGCCACGUGCUCACCCAGGCCGCCACCGCCUGCAAGACCUGCUGCCGCCGGCCGAGGCCCGCAGCCUCCCGUGGCUUUGCCCGCGUGGCCCAGACCAUCCUGUCUGCCUACGUGGUCUUGCGGCUGCCCUACCACCUGGCGCAGCUGCUGUACCUGGCCUUCCUGUGGGACGUCUACCCCGGCUACCUGCUCUGGGAGGCCCUGGUCUACUCCGACUACCUGACCCUGCUCAACAGCUGCCUCAGUCCCUUCCUCUGCCUCCUGGCCAGUGCCGACCUGCGCGCCCUGCUGCGCGCCGUGCUCUCCUCCUUCGCGGCGGCUCUCUGUGAAGAAUGGCCCGGCAGCUUCACGCCGGCCGAGCCACAGACCCAAGUGGAUUCUGGGGGCCACACUUCGCCAGGGCCCAUGGCCCAGCCACAGUUGGAUUCUGUGGCCCCUCCACAGUUGGAUUCUGUGGCACCCCCACGGGUGGACCCCACAGCCCAGCCACAGUUGGAUUCUGUGGCACCCCCAGGGGCGGACCCCACAGCCCAGCCACAGUUGGAUUCUGUGGCCCCUCCACAGUUGGAUUCCGUGGCUCCUCCACAACUGGAUUCUGUGGCCCAGACCCCCGGACCCCCUUCUGGUUCAGCCCCCAGGCCCCGUGAUGAAGCUUCCUCUGCUCCCUCCACAGAUCCCACCCCAGAAGCCCCCGAGAAUCCAGCUGUGCCUGCUGCCUGUGAGGGAGAAAGCCCCAGCAGUGUCCCCCCAGAGGAGACAGGCCCCACAUGA